ACUUACCCGACAGUACCAUAUGGAUUCCUUCCGUUAAUUUCUCACAAUUCGCUAAACUAUUAACACCGGAAGUAAGCUCUUCAAUUAACUCCCCUUACUUCCGCCACGUGUUAAAGAUGUCAGUUUCCUUUUUUCGGCGACCAAAUCGGUCGUGUUUUUUCACAUUCUUCGCUUUAGUUAUGGCUCAACUGUUUGUUGAUACAAAUAAAUUACCAGAGGAAGGUGAAAUUCCUCCUUCGGACUCGGAGUCGGGUACUAAUACGCCGAAAACUCCACUUAAAAGACGUUCCAGAUACGAUGUUCUAGAAGAACAAUGGAAUCAAAAAUUCUCAGCUCUGGAGUCGAGUAUUUCGGGUAAAUUGGAUGGAUUAGUUGCCAAAAUCCAAUCUGCUCAAUCUCAGUGUAACUCUUCUUCGUCUAAAUUUACGGAAAGACACGUGAAGAAAAAGAACAGUGUGCAUCGUUCUAAGUUCGAGUCGGGCUCAGAUUCUCUGUCGGACAGUGAUUCAGAUUCUAAUCAUCCUGGCUUGAACAGUGAUAUUUUGUCUAUUCAUGGAGAUAAUUUUUUGUCAGAUGAAGACAAUGUUUCUAUUAAGGGGAAAGUCGAUGAAAAAGAACUUUCUGAUUCAACUAAGAAAUGUCUUUUUGACAUUUUUGGUGAAGAUGCUACAGUGAAGAAGUCCACCAAGAAGGAAGGUAUUUCUGUGGACAAUUCUCAGAAAGACGUCUUGAAUGACAGUCUACAUUCAACUUCUCCUAAUUUUCUCUCUGCGUUUAAUGAAGAAAAUUUUGAUUUAUUUCCGGUGGAUGAAGAAACGGAAAAUUUUUUGCAAGUUCCUACACUUGAUCCUUUAAUAGAAAGUUUACUUGUUAACAGACAUGGCAGUAAAGCGGCUUUUAAGAACAGUCAGGUUAAAUGCUUGUUUUCUCAACCACAUAAAACUGUAGAAAAAGUUUCUUACCGUGGAGCCCAAGCAGCUCGUUUAGGUAUUGUUAUGCAACUUUAUAUGCAACAAGCUUUGGGAAAUUUGGUUGAAUUUGUUUCUUCUGAUGACUUUUCAAAAGACAAAACAGUGAAAUUUGUUAAAGACAUUUUUGCUAUGUCCACGAAGUGCCUUGAUCAAUUGGGUCGCUCCGCAGCUUUUCAUCACAUUGUACGUCGUACAGUAACUAUGGCAGAUACAGGCAUGUAUGAUCUUUCCGAUUACAAAGAUUUUGCUACUUUACCUUUAACUGGUGAUGGUGUUUUUGGUAAUGGACUUGAACCUUUAUUAAAGGCACGGAAGGACAAAAAGAAGCAGUUAGAUGAUAUGUUACCUGAGCUGAAAAAGAGAGACAGGAAAAGAAGGCUCUCACCUGUUCGUUCUUCAAAUGACACUAAACGUUUACGUAGGGCCAUUCCAGCAACGCAAACAAGCAGUGGCUGGGACAAUAAUUUUCGUAUCCCCAAGAUUCCAUCAGAUAGUCAUACCAAGGGGCAACAUUUCACUGGACAGUACAAGAAAAAUUCCAAGCCCGAUUUCUUUCCAAAACGUUCAUAUGGAAGGAAAAUGGGAAGAUCAACUCAACAAUGACCAUAAUGCCUGAAGAAGCCACCAUUUGAACCGAUGAAGGACGCAUCUUUGAAGUUUAUUACAUGGAAGGUGUGUUUUUUGAUAGCUAUUUCCUGUUUUCGUCGUUGUAGUGAUCUUCAAGCCUUGUAUUUGGGAGAAGGUAACAUAAACAUUCAGAAGAAAGGAAUAACUUUUAUACGUUCAGGUUUAGCAAAACAAGAUAGACCAAGUAAUCAUUCAAGAAAGAUUUUCAUUCCAUCUUUUUCGAGGGAAAAAUUUUUAGACCCUAAGAGGGCUUUGACUUAUUACUUGAAAAAGACUGAAAGUUUUAGAGUUAAAGACUCUAAAAAUGAACUUAAACUUUUCUUAAGUGUUAUUAAACCUCAUCAUCCAGUGACAAGUCAGACUAUUUCUAAAUGGUUAGUUAAUAUUAUUAAGUAUGCUUACAAAAUGAGUAAGAAAUCUACUGGAAAAAUUAAAGGUCACCAGACUAGAAGUAUUGGGCCUUCCUGGGCAUUGUUCAAAGGUGCGUCGUUGGAUCAGGUACUGGAUGCGGCAGAUUGGUCUUCAGAGACCACCUUCAUUAAACAUUAUCUCAAAAACGUAGAUACAAGUGUUUUGGAUUUCAAGUAAAUGUUGUUACAGAAGUUAUUGUUUUUCACCAAGGUGGUGUGUACAAACUCUUUGUUUUUCCGGCGAAUUGCGACUGGAUGUUUUUGUAAAUUUGAGUAUUUACGGUUAUUCUUGUACAGUUGGGAUGAACUUAUAUAUAUUGUUGUGCAACUGUAAAUAGUGGGUUAGCAGUUAUACAUGUUCAACUGGUAUUGUUUUACUUAACAUGGUGUGGAAAUAUUGGGAAACACUUUAGUUUCAGGGCGAUUUGGUCGCCUCAUUUGAAACUGACAUCUUUAACACGUGGCGGAAGUAAGGGGAGUUAAUUGAAGAGCUUACUUCCGGUGUUAAUAGUUUAGCGAAUUGUGAGAAAUUAACGGAAGGAAUCCAUAUGGUACUGUCGGGUAAGUAUU